AAGUCGGCGCGGCACCAGGGCAGAGGGGCAGUUCUGCGAGGCGAGGCCGAACACCAGAACUGGAGCCGCGCCGAGAAACUCCACAAACCCCGCGCACCUCUCCGCCACACGCACUUCUCCUCUUUUUCAGCGCAGUCGAGUCGCUGCAAGGAUGACCACAGCUGUAGUGUCGCCUUUCUUCGACUUUGAAGUAAUGAACAAGAACAACAAACUGCUCAGCUACAACAACAACAACCACCUGGCCCCUCACACCAUGUCUGCCCCUUGCACUGGCACAAACGUGCCCCUCUCGAGCCCCGGAGCCCUGCUGGACAGGAAGGCUGUGGGCUCCCCCUCAGGCGUGUACCAGAGACGCCACUCCGUCAGCAGCACCAAGUUCAGCCAGAACCAGUUCCUCAGCAGUUUGAAGGCCACGGACCACGGCCUCAUCUCAGGGCUAAACAACAACAAGGAGAACCGCCUCCGGGAGCGCUCCUUCUCCGAAACGGGGGAGCGACUCCUCAACAAGUGCCUGGGCCCGGCCAGCCCCACCGGGGGCAGCCAGGUCAACUCCAGCCGCUACAAGACGGAGCUGUGCCGUCCCUUCGAGGAGAACGGCUCCUGUAAAUAUGGAGACAAGUGUCAGUUUGCUCACGGCAUCCACGAACUGCGCAGCCUGAGCCGUCACCCCAAGUACAAGACGGAGCUGUGCCGCACCUUCCACACCAUCGGCUUCUGCCCCUACGGCCCCCGCUGCCACUUCAUCCACAACGCGGAGGAGCGCCGGGGACCCCCUCAGACCACGCCCCUCAACCCCUCCAACAAGCUGGAGCGCCCCCGCCUGCAGCACAGCUACAGCUUCGCGGGCUUCUCCAGCUCGGCCGGUCUGAGGGACAGUCCCACCUCCGUCACCCCUCCCCCCGCCUUCUUCCCGGACGAGCUCCCCGAGUGGCCCAGCAGUAACCCCUUCACCUACUCCAGCCAGGAGCUGGCCAGCCUGUUCGGGCCCAGCCUGGGGACGGGUCCCGUGGGCUCGGAGGCCAGCCCCCCCUCCCCCACCGGCACGCCGUACUAUUUCAGACCCAUGGUGGACUCCCCCCACAUGUUCGACGCUCCCUGCAGCCCCCCGGACUCUCUGUCGGACCAGGAGGGCUACCAGAGCAGCUCCGGGGGCAGCCUGAGCGGCUCCGAGAGCCCAACUCUGGACAACACGCGCCGCCUGCCCAUCUUCAGCCGCCUGUCCAUCUCCGACGACUAACUGUCCCCCUGCGUCUCUGACUAACUGUCCUCAUGGCACUCUUCAGAUCUUACGACUAACUGACUCACUCCCCCUACCUCUGCCCCUGUCCCCCUGUCCCCCUGUCCCAGCUCCUCAUCUGUGGACGUGGUCUUUAAGGGAACGUACACACAUUUCAUUGUACUGUGCACAGUCUUGCCGUGCGUGUGUCAUAGUGCCAAACUGGAGGAUGAGACUGGAGCAGGUGGCCUCGUUUGUUUCUCGUUGUUUGUUCCUCGUCGUUUGUUCCUCGUCGUUGAAUGUGUAGCAGCACAGAGACUGGGGCUUUGCACUAGACCCUGUCCCACUGUAACCACUGCCUUAGCCGAGCGCUCCGGACUGCAGCGGCUCCAGCCCUCACAGGACUUUAGUUUUUAACAGGACGAGGCUGGUUUCUGCGUGUUUUGGGUGAAUGGACUGUGUUUGGUUCUUCUCUCUCCCUCACAAACCUGACGUCUUUGUGGACUGGGUGAUUCUGCUGGAAGGACUCUUUGAACUGGAAGUUGGGUCUGCCCCUCCCUCUCUCUCUCUCUCUGUUCUUAAACUCUCUCUCUCUUUCCUCGUGUUGCUGGACACUGCCUCUCUGGGGGGGGGAAGGAAACCCUGAUAUCAAACUGCUCCUAGCCCCGCCCCUUUCCGUACUGGGGGAAUUCCAGCAUUCCCAUUACAUCCUGAUCAGAUCUCAAGCUAUUUCACUGUUCCACCCCCUCCUCCCUCCUCUCUCUCUCUCCCUCUCCGUCUCCUUCUCUUUCUCUCCGCUCAUCACAGCCCUUCGCUUUCUUUGUUUGAUAAUUAUUUUUUAUUAAUGUUAUUAUUACGGUUAUUAUUAUUGUUUGAGAAACUUUCCAGACAGAAGGUUUUUGCUUGUCACUGCUUAUUUAACUUAUCAGAACAUAUUUAUUGGUGAUCAUAUGCAUUUUUUGUUAAUUUUGUUUUGUAUUUAUCUGGAUAAUGAGCAAUAGAAUAUAUUUUCUUUUAUGUUAAAUUAUGAUCUUCCGUAUUAAUCUAAAGAUUGUGAAGACGUUUUUGUCAAGUUUUCCUUUUUUCACAGUUUAAUAUAUUGUACUUCAAUGACUUUUGUUCUUGCAACUACACUUUGUCAAAAAGAAAGUUAAUUUAAAGCAAAAAAGACAUUUGCGUUUUGAUUAUUAUUAUUAUUAUUAUUAUUUAUUACUUUUCCCUCUUUAUCGGACUGCAAUCCCAUCCUCCACUGUCAAAGUAUCCCGAGUAUUUUGCGUGUACUUUGUGUUGUCCUGGGGUGCACUACGGUCUUUUCCGCGGAGACCGGACUUCUGUAAAAACCCACUGUUAUUCCGAGCAACAGCUGUCACCAAAAGGGUUCUGGAAAGUUCUGUUUUGUUUUGUUUCCUUGUUGAUAUGAUUGGAUGCACUUGCUUGGCCCCUCUUCGACCUCUGAGAGCCUUUUACAACAUUCCAGGUAGCUACGAUUAAAACGUCUAAACCGCCUUUUCCUCUCGAAUAUCUGAAAACUCGGACGGUGAUUUGUUGUUUUUGUUUAGUUUUUUUUCCUGGAGUCGGCCGUUCCUGUGUUGCCUUCGCGUGUUUAAAGAGCGGAGAACGAUUCGACGCAAAGAAAGUCAAAUAUGAAUGUAUUUUUUCAGCCAUGUUUUUAUGUUCACUACAGUAAUUCUGUGAGUUUCUACGGAGACAAACUGUUUCUCUUUUGUAAAGUAUUGAUUGCAGUUAAAUAAACCCGUAUUUUUGGAAAAGUCCAA